UCUCCACUGUUGAAUAGUUAAUAGGUAAUUUGGCUCGCGCCCUAACAUAGGCUAACGGUUGUUGUUGUUAUGGAAACUGGUGUCGAGAGAUAACUGCUCGCAACCGGAAGCCAUGUUUGUUAUGUGUGUUUGCCGUGUUUCCUGUCUAGCUGCUGCAGCUCUGUGAGCGCCGGUGACUGUAAUCAAGCUGUGGCUGCUGGUUUACGGAAGCUCUCUCUCUCGCUUUCGCUCUCUCACGCCUUGUUUUAAUUUGAAGGGCACGGAGGAAGCCACACAGGACCAACACACACAGCCUGUGUCUUUAAGGAGGAGACAUUAGUGUUAGUGAGAUGUAGCCUGCCUGGCAAAAUCUCUCGCCUGCAUCGCUUCGAGCCCACCUGCUCCUCCUCCUCCUCUUCCUCCUCCUCCUCUCUGUCAUCUCCUCGCCGAGGAAGGAAGGAAGGAAGGCUGCUGGGAUGCCGAUGCUUUCAUCUGGGAGGCGACAGGAGAGGAAAGUUCAGUGUGUUUUCGGUUAACGGUUCACUUCUUCUUCCAUCCUCCACCGAGGCUGACCGAGACUGCUACAACAUCUGUAUCCAUCUGCUGUUAAAACCUCUCAACACAGAAGAACCGACACAGGUAAAGAAGAAAUCUUAAGAAAUGGACGGAGGUAAUCCGAACCAAAGCCAGACACAAGAAGACGACCCAAAGGGAGCAUCAGAAGCUUUAACAACAACAACUCCAGCUCUGCCAUCAGAUCCAGCGGCUCCAGCCACAGAUCCCACCGCUGGCCAGCCUGCAGCUCCUUCCAGGCCUCGACGGCCCCAGAGGAGUGCCAGGGUAGAGGGCUCUGUAGACAUCUCCGAACCCAGAGCUGAGCCCAGAGCUGAGCCCAGAGCUGAACCCGCCCCAGUGGCUCCCCAGGACCAGUGCACUCCUGAUGGCGCUGUGGCCAGUCGCCCCAAACCCUCGCGCCCCGGAGCAGUCAAACCCUUAGGAGAAUGCACCGGGCCCAGCAUUAAGGCUGGUCCUAAAGGAUCGGGCCACCACCCGGUCAGGGCUGCUUCAGUCCCCCACGCGCCUGCCAGCAGGCCUAUGGCUCCUCACCUGAACCCUCAGUCACAGAGAGCCCUCUCUGUAGCAGGUACAGCCGACACGCCGGCCCAGGCUGUGGAAGACUUCAGGCUGCACAUCAUCACUUGGAACGUGGGUUCGGCCACGCCACCUGAUGACAUCACCUCCUUGCUGGGGCUAAACGUGGGUGAUGGAAACACAGACAUGUACAUUAUCGGGCUGCAGGAAGUGAACUCAAUGAUUAACAAAAGGCUGAAAGAUGUCCUCUUCACAGACCAGUGGAGCGAAGUCUGCAUGGAGAGACUCAGCCCCUUCGGUUACGUACUGGUGACCUCCCAGAGGAUGCAAGGUUUGCUGUUGCUGGUCUUCGCCAAAUACUUCCAUCUGCCCUUCCUCCGCGGAGUACAGACUGAGACCACCCGCACCGGCCUGGGGGGUUACUGGGGGAAUAAAGGUGGUGUGAGCGCCCGCAUGUCAGCGUUCGGCCACACCAUCUGCUUCCUCAACUGCCACCUGCCGGCUCACAUGGAAAACUCAGAUCAGCGCAUGGAGGACUUCGAGAGCAUCCUGCAGCAGCAGCAGUUUGAGGGCCAGGCCGCCACCGGGGUUCUUGACCAUGAUGUGGUGUUCUGGUUUGGAGAUCUCAAUUUUCGCAUUGAUGACCUGGAUAUGCAAGUGGUGAAAUCAGCCAUCGAUAACAACAAGUAUCUAGUGUUGUUAGAAAAGGAUCAGCUCAAUAUGGCCAAAGACAGUGAGACAGUGUUGGAGGGUUUCCAAGAGGGGCCGCUGAAGUUUCCUCCGACCUACAAGUUUGAUGUUGGAACGGAUACAUACGACACGAGUGGGAAGAAGCGUAAACCAGCUUGGACCGACCGGAUCCUGUGGCGCAUGAGAGCCACCGCUACUGCCAGCGCUGCUCUCAGCGCAGGGAAGCGUGGCUCCAAUUCGGGGCUGACCAGUGGGACCAAAGUGACGCAGCACUACUAUCGAAGUCACAUGGAAUACACCGUCAGUGACCACAAACCAGUCUCCUCCAUCUUUACCAUGCAGUUCCCGUACAAGGUGGAUGUUCCCCUGGUCACUAUCAUGGUGGAGGAUGAGUGGAAUAGUAUUGAAGAUGCCAUAGCCAGAUUCAAACUGGUGCCCAACUACCCUCGCAGCUCCUGGGACUGGAUCGGACUGUACAAGGUGGGUUUCAAGCACCAUAAGGACUAUGUGGGAUAUGUUUGGGCCAAGCAAGAUGAAGCUGACUUUACUCGACAAGAACAUCAGGUAACCUUUACUGAGGAGGAAUUGCCCAAAGGCUCAGGGGACUUUAUCUUGGGUUACUAUAGCAACAACAUGAGCACCCUUGUGGGCGUCACGGAGCCAUUUCAGAUCCAGCUUCCCACUACAGGUCUUGAGGACGCCAGUUCUUCAGACAGCUCUGACUUCAGUUCAGAGGAUGACAGCACUGUUGUCCUCGUGAAGACGAGGUCCCGCAGUCCCAGUCCACGCAAGGCCAAGCACCACAACCGUGGCAGUCGCAGCCGCUCUGGCAGCCGCACUGGCAGCCACACUGGCAGCCCCGCACGGGCCAAAAUCAAAGUGCGCAACGUCGCUGAUGGUUCUCCAUCCAUCACCACCACAACAGCCGAGAGUGAGUCCACAGGACGUCCAGCAGAGGGCAGCAGCAGCCAGGUGUCUGCUCCUGGGGAGGAAGAAAAAGACACGGAGGGUUCAGGGGUGUGAUACACAACCGAGUCCUGCUGUUAUCACAGGUCACAUAGCCAACUGUUGUGUCUUUUAUUGAAUACAUCCACUACACUGUAUGUUUUCUGUAGUGAAAAUAUGCAGUUUCUGAUGCCAUCCUUUUCAGGAACAGCCAACUGGUUUGUCCAGAAGGCUUACUUUGCCUUGAGUUGUUCUAUUAAGCUGUGCACAUUGUAUAUUUUUUAUUUGUAAACCUCUCACUCUGUCCUGUGUUUCUUCUACCUUUGUCCGUUCUCAGGUGUGGACAGUACAGGGAGCUGACACCUUGCAUUAGGAAAUACUCAAGGAUGUUCUGGUCAUGUAGAGUAAAAGAGUGGUUACUUAAUACCUUUUUAGAAACCAUCUUCUCCAUAUACCGACAAUGAUUUGAAACUCUGCACUGACGUAGCAGUCAUGUCAGCAGACUGCAUGCAAACGACAUGGAGUAUGACAUACUUGACACAGACAUUUCUCACAGUUCACAGAGUUUGCUUUAGCUGUGGAACAAUCUAUUCUAUCUAUCAGACCAAGAGGAUCAUAGAGACAUAGUGAAAAAAGGCUUUUUAUUCCCAAAACAUCCCACAUAAGCAUCACCAGCUCUGUCAAAAAUCACUCACAUUAUUAGCUUCUGCAAAUCUGCAAAUGGAGAUAGCCAUGCAUUUUGGCGGUAUUGACCUACUCAUGUGGACAUUCCCUGCUUUGGAAAUUCAGCGUGCAUUACACAGUAACAUGAUACAUAACACGCAGGGAGCAUUUCAAAUGAUCCACCAAUGGGAAUAAAGUCCCUCCAGGCUGCAUGAAAAAACAGAAAAGUGGUUGGAAACUGGGGUUCAGGGGGGCUCGGCCACCAGCCGUGGCAGCAGCACAGCACACGUCAGCUUAGAAAGUGAAUGUGAGCGUAAAGGCCUUUAAAUAGAGGGCCAGUGGGAUGUGAUGGGUGUGGGAGGAUAGCUGUCAGCUAACACAGCAUAGCUGUUCUUGCCAGAACUAGUUGAUUAAUUGUUGGCCACUAACUCUGCUUGUGGUAACAUCUACAGCAAUAUCUGACCCAGGUAACAUAUACAGUAUAUUGCUUGGACACACAUACCUUUUCAUGUGAGUUAAUGAGCCUUAUCUAACUCUUGCUUUUCACAGCAGCAAAGUUUUGGAAAUAAUUUACCCAGAAAUCAAAAAAAAUCAUAUUAGGUUUUAUUCCAUUUUUUAAUAAGUAUUAAAUACAAGUUUGUGCUUGAUGUUUUCAACACAGAAGCAAGUAAAACUCUGAUUAUCAAUCUGGAUAUCUCUGACAAAUGUGAGCAGCAACUCUACUAUGUAGAGCUACAACAGCGCUUAGCAUUACACUGUAAGUAGUAUGAUACAAAGCUCCUCUAUUGUGAAAUAUCAUAAUGUGAUAUUUCAAAUCGAUGAAAUGGUCCUAUCCAAUGCUUUAUUUUUUUUGUUUGAUUUUCUUCAGUUCACUGUUCCUGUGUUUUCUCUUGCUCAGAUCCCCCCGUACUGAUUCUGGUGGUUAGAUGACCGUGACAAUGGUCACAGUAGUCGUGUUGCAUUGUUACCGUGUGACCUCAGAUGCACCAUCUUAGACACUUUGUACUUUUGGGCUGUUAGCGUAGGACAGUGUAUACUGUUGUAGCUGUAGGUAAGUGUGUGUGUGUGUCUGUAAUCAGUUUCUGUGUGUAUGUGUUUUUAUGGACGUGUGUGUGGUUUGAAUGUGUGUGUGUGUGUGUGUGUAGCGCUGUGAAAGUGAAUGGAGCGUGGCUGUGUUUGCAUGGUUUGUUGAUGGACAUACUGUACAUUCCGGUACUGUGAUUUUUGUGCCGUAAAGUGCUGUUUUUGACUCCUCUUUGUUAUAAUCGUGGAUGUGAAAACUGUUAGAAAAACUUGGUAAGGACAGUAUAAAAAAAGUUAACUUCAGUGUAAGUGUUAGGUGAAGAAAAUGCAGGACAGUUAUGCUUGCAUCAACCUGAAAUUGUUCCAAUCAUUUCAUAGUGCAUUCAUGUAUUUUCUUGUCAUUGAAAUGAAAAAUCUAAUGGACCUUUGUUUAGAGUAACAUUAAGAUUGUACGACUUUGUCCUACUUUAGGUGACUUAGAUAAGUAUGGUCGGUUCUGCUGUCAUGACCAGUGACUAUCUAUUGUGAAAUGUUAUUGAAAAAAAAAAUCUCUGUCUACAGAAUGUUAUUGUUUUGUAAUUAUGUGGCUAAAACAGAAGAAAUAUGUAUGUAAAGGACAAAUAUUAAGUAUGUUAUAAAAGACAAAAUAGGAGACAAUCUAUGCCACAAAGAUUAUUUUACUUAAAUUAUGUAUUUAUUUUCUUAUUUAACUGUUAAAUGAGCCUGAAUUCUGCUGGCCAGUGAGGGAGCAUUAUUUCAAUGGAUAUUACAGAAUAUUGAUAAUUAUUUUCUUGUUCUAUUAGAAAAACUAUGAAGAGAGAGUCUGAUUUCUCUUGUUUCCAUUUAAAUCCAGAUGUUGCUUUUAUUGUCUGAAGUGUAGAUUGUUUAGUCUACGGGUCUUUGUAUAAUUGUGAAUGAAAUUGACAAAAAAUAUAUAUAUAGCAAGCCUGUGAGAUAUUAAUUGUUGGCUUAUGAGAACGAUUUAUCUCUGUGAAAUCAUCUGAUCGGUGAGGCGAGGAGGUUUUUUAGGGGUUGCUUGUUUUGUUCUCCAACCCAAAAAUGAGUGCAACACUGUCCAAAGAAAUAAUAUACUCCCCGUUAAAUUGU